AUGUCUCUAGGUCAAGACAAUCACGUGGAGCAACAGUGUUAUAUGAGGGAUUCGUCGCAUGGAAGGGAGAAGGACGUGGAGGAUCAGGUGUCGGCGCCACAAAGCCAAAGCUCUCUGUCGCGGCCAUCCUGGAAUAGCACAGCAAUAUUGCAGAAGAAGAUGAUAGAACAAGUGGCAAGAGAAGCAGACAAGAAAAACAUCGAAAAAGAAGUGGCGAGAGAAAUGAAGCGAAUCAGCAAGCAUGAGCGAUCUGUUAAAGAACAACAGGCCAACACUUUGAAAGGAAACAUAGGCAUCUCAUCAACUGGCUUGGCUGGAGAAAACCAUUUUUCAGGGCUCACUGCUAUCGAUGACCACAAACCAUCUCAGGUACUUCGACCGAAGGUGGUCAGGAAGCAAGUGGAUCCUAAAUGGGAAUCCAACCUGGAGCUUUGCCCUGACAUAUCCCUGUUCAAGAACGAUACUCCGUAUAAGCAAAACAAAGGAUGUGCGCUUCCUAAAGUGAGUGCCGACGUAAAGAUGACGCGUCUUCCGUUCAGCUGCAGCCCUGUGUACCUUGACAGCUGUCUACGGGAGGACUUCUCUUGGAAGGAGAUGUUUGAAGCUGAUACGUCUGCGUUACGAUAG